AUGCUACACCGCUCCGCCUUGGAAGAUGAUGCAGGCCCAUUUCACUCCAGAAGUCCUUCGGGGUCAAAGCCUUCUCCUCGAGCAGAUUCUCGCUCGUCUCGAUCAGCUUCACGUGUACGAAUAGGUGGAUUCGAUACCCCGGGGUUUGGUGUGUCGCAGACUGUGAAUCUAGUACCGGAUGGCCUGCGGAGCUCCAGUCCUAUCAAGGAAGGCCUUGGUAGUUUAAACCGCUGGUCACAGUCUACCACAUCAAGUAGGAGUCCAUCGGAAUCUGCAGAUCAUCACCAACAUCAGCGGGCCACUUCGAAGGCAACGAUAGGCCAUAGCCCACGGAACACAGGAACGGAACUAAACGAACUUCCAGAACUUAACGUGCCAGAGUUGCGGGCCUCGGAAAUGUUCUCCCAGGAUUCAAGUCACCUUGAUCUCUCAUUUACAGCCUCGAGUCACGUAUUCCAGAAUUCUGCGCAAAAUGAUCCGUACGACUAUGAAGCUACGCACACUUAUUCCCAUGAUUUCAAUGCUGCGCGUGCUAGUGAAGGUGCCUCUUCCACAGAAGGUGAUAUGGAUAUUGAUAGUCAACAACAUGGCCUCACUCAGAAAACAAUGUUAUCGAAAGCGCUUCAAAAGGCAAACACGGCUGUUCUGCUGGAUAAUGCAGCCAACUUUGAAGGUGCCAUGGAAGCCUACACAGAUGCUUGUCAACUGUUACAACUGGUCAUGCUCCGUAGCAAUGGAGGUGAUGAAGAGAAGCUCAAGCUUCAAGAAAUUCGUGACACAUAUAUGAUCCGAAUCACAGAACUGGAGCGUAUGGAAUAUCCUCUGGUGCAAGACGAGGGCAAGGCGCUUCCAGAACGUCCUUUGAGCCAAGAAUCAUAUGACGAUUUAUUUCAUCUAUCUCAUGACGACCCUGAUCGAGACAGUCAAUACAGUUCGACCCAUUCUAGCGUCGGUCUCCACACAACAAUCGAAGACGCAAAAGUUCUUGCGCCAGCGGCAAUCCCACCUCGUCGUCAAUCUUUGCGCCCCUCUUCAUUUGAGGAUCAAACGCGAGCUGCUUUGGGUUUACCAAGAACCAUCCAGUCUGACAGAUCUACUCCUGUUAAUGAUAUCAACCACAGAAAGCAAUCCCUUGAUACUACCGUGGAAGAUAAUAACGAAACAACGUCCUGGUUAGACACUAUUGACGAGUCCGGUGCUUCUUCUCCCUCGUCCGCCAAUUCAAAGGGAUCGUCGGUCUAUAUGCGUCGACGACUGAGCCGUCAACUCAACGUUGAUAUAGAAUCUAAGACCGAUGCCGCUCCUAACGCUGCAUAUGAUGAUGAUCUCGCGCCUGUCCACGAAUACAGAGAAGAAGACGAAGACGACGAUGUCGUAGCGAACGCUCACAGGAAUAUUGAGCUGGCAAAACGGCGGGUGCGCGAGGCAGAAUUGGAGGCAGAGGUUGCCAUGAACCGGGGUCGUCAAAUGCGACGCUUGCAGGCUCAGAACAUGUUAGAGUAUUCCGAACAUCAUCCAGAUCCAGACUAUCUCGAUGAAGAGGCCGAGGAGGAGGAACGUAUCCUGGAAGAAAUGACUCAGGGCUUCGUCAUGGACGAUUUUGAAUUUGACAUUCAGUCCAAGUCGGCCCUCCCUCGUGAAUCCGAUUCAAGCAAUAUAUCGGGACGAACGUGGGAAAGCUCAGGCACAGGUGCAGGAACUACCCUUUCCACGCUGACAGAGGAUGAGGAUAUUUUGCCCCCUGAUCAAAGAAUCGAGCGGAAUACUCUAAUACCCUCUUCACCACCAUCGGCCGCAUUGCCCCCUCUUCCCGCUUCAUCGGAUUUCCCUGGUUUGCCCGCCAAACGGAUCUCUGUGACAACUUUCCCCCCUCCUGCAUCGGACCCACCUCCUGUUCCCAGCGUGCGAGAGCGAAGAAUCUCGACGAAACUCUCUAGGCAGACAACCCAGGAGCUGAAAAUCGAGACUAACACUUCGCAUCCGCGAGCAGACUCCAAUAUCUCAGACCCCGAGUCCUUCACCAUUCCGCCAACAAGCCGGCUACCGCCACCACUUCCAAAGUAUGAGGCUCCGAGCUCUCCAGAAGCAGCCCGAGCCUCCGCGCCAGGCUUACGACCACAAUUGUCUCUAUCUCCUUCUCAGCGCAAUUUAUCUAUUGGGUCUAUAUCGGAGCAAAUAUUGGCUAAAGCUCCCACCAACGAAGAUGACGAAGCCGGGGGUCCCCCUUUACCGCGGGUCAUGAGCAAGGUCCUCUCAGCCCCAGAUGGGUUGAAUAAGUCUGGCACGAAGCCGUUCCGAAGCCGUAACGUUUCUGUUCCUAACCCUGAGAUGCCGCCUGUCUCUCCCAUCACUCCGUGGAGUACUUUGUUCCCCACCAUGGAUGCCGCCAUGGCUUCCAUGACUGGCAUCCCGCCACUGCCCACCCCAACUGUCGCCUCCUUUUCACAGAAUGGUUUGCCUACUAGCGGCUUGAAUCUAUUUGACUGUAACAUUCAUUCCCCUACUGACCUAGGAAGUGGGAACGCGUCGGUGGCUAACGCGCCAAAUCCCCUGGAGCCAUGCCCAGAGUCCUUCCUCCUUCGACCCUUCUGGUUGAUGCGAUGUCUGUAUCAAACAGUGGCCCAUCCUCAUGGUGGCUAUCUCUCUGCUAAACUCUUCAUUCCCCGCGAUGUUUGGCGCGUGAAAAAUGUUAAACUGAAGGCUGUGGAAGAUAAAGUGUCCAAUUGCGACCUUUUGACCGCAGCCUUACUUAAGCUGGCCCAAGUCGAUACAUACGACGCGGAUGCAGUUCUGGAGGAAAUGCAGUCACUUGAGGGUGUCCUUGAUCAGGUCCAGACCACGCUUUCGAAGAAGCUGGGCAGCGAUGUUGGUGUACAAACUGCCAUGCCUCUAUUCCGACCAAACAAUCCACCAGAUGAUCCCUCUCACCCUGAACCUCCCCCUUCUCGUGUUUCGGGUAGCUCCAACAAGUUCACCUCCUGGAAAAGACUCCGGAACAAGACCUCUGGAAUUAGUACCCCUACCCCGACUUCCAGUGUGCGCGAAAGCAACAAAGACAUGCUCACGCUUAGCUCUCUCCCCAUGACAUCGGUCCAUAUCCCCCAGACCAAGCGAGCGGUCACUCAGAUUGAAUUCUCAGGUCCAAAUGCCCAUUAUAUGGGAGCUUUGGCGCGUCUGUUUGAUGCUGCUCAAGUGAUAGAUCAAAUUGCCCAACAAGUUGAGGAUCCCGGACUCAGACUUUCCUCCCAGACACAUGUCGGCCUCGAGCUCAGCACACGACAUGCGGCUGAAUUCUUCGGUUUCUACGUGUGUCGCUUCGCGCUGGCCGAUAUUACCUUGAUGCUUGACAAGUUUAUCAAGAGGGGCAGCGAAUGGGUUUUAGUUUAA